CCGCGCCGCCGUCUCCGCAGAUCGCUCGCUGCGAAGGUGGAUGUGUGCGAUAACAUGUCCAGUGCGUCCCAGGAGAGAAGGAAGAGGCAGCAGAACAUUAAGGAAGGCCUGCAGUUCAUCCAGUCACCGCUGUCGUAUCCCGGGACACAGGAGCAAUAUGCGGUAUAUUUAAGGGCUCUCGUGAGAAAUCUUUUUAACGAAGGAAAUGAUGUUUAUCGGGAACAUGAUUGGAACAGCUCGCUAAGCCAGUACACAGAGGCGCUGAACAUUGCUGAUUAUGCGAAGACUGAGGACAUUGUAAUUCCUGAAGAGAUCAUUGAGAAGCUGCACAUCAAUCGCAUUGCUUGCUACUCCAAUAUGGGUUUCCACAAGAAGGUUCUCGAAGACUGCGACAAGGUCCUCGGAUUCGAUGCAAGUAACUGCAAAGCUCUGUACCGGAAGUCCAAGGCCCUGAGUGAUCUCGGAAGAUACAAAGAGGCUUACGAGGCUGUGGCCAAGUGCUCACUGACCGUGCCGCAGGAUGAACAUGUAAUUAAAUUAACUCAAGAGCUUGCUCAGAAACUGGGGUUCAAGAUUAGGAAAGCAUAUGUGAGAGCCGAGCUCUCCUUAACGUCUGCACCUGGCGACGGGGCUGACAAGGCUCUGAAGUGUUCCGUGGAAGACAUUGAGCCAGAUUUAUUAGCCCCGAGGCAGGAAGCCCUCCCUGCUGUUCCCGUCCCUGCCCCCGGCUUCCCGCCCCGCGGUGGGAGUGAGCUGGCCUCAGUGGCCGUCGUGCCCUUGGCUUCGGUUUUGCCGCUGCAAGUGGAGGAGAGUGCCCUGGCCCCAGCUGUGCUGGCUAACGGGGGCAGGAGCCCGUGCCCCCUGCCGGACGCCUUCCUCGAUGACAACGACAUGAUCCUGGGGGACGAGCUGGACGAUCUCCUGGACUCAGCCCCCGAGCCCAACGGGCCCGUGAUGCCCUCAGCUCUGGUCCGAGGCCCCCUCCCGGCUGCUGGCGUGGCCCCCAGCAUGCCCUUCCCGUCCUCCCUGCUGGGCACCUUGUCCCUGGGGGCGAGGUACACUCGGCCGCCCUCCCUUUCGGACCUGUAUGCGCCUUUGACCUCACCCUUAGAAGAUUUUUGUUCUUUAAAUUCAUUUUCAAUGAGUGAACCCAAACGAGAUCUGUGCACCCCAGCCGCAAGAGACUGCGUGUCGCUCGGUGGCGGUAGCCCCUCCCUGGUUCUAAUGAAUGGACCUAGCAGUUUGUUCCCCUCGGAGGAUUUCCUGGGGAUCGCAAGUCAGCCAAGAAAUGACUUUGGGAACUUCUUUGGAAGUGCAGUUACGAAACCGCCUUCCUCGGUGGCCCCGAGACACCCCCUGGAAGGGACGCACGAAUUGAGGCAGGCGUGCCAGAUCUGUUUUGUAAAAUCAGGCCCUAAGUUAAUGGAUUUCACUUACCAUGGUAAUCUAGAUCAUAAAUGUAAGAAAGAUAUUUUGAUUGGUAGGAUAAAGAAUGUUGAAGAUAAAUCAUGGAAAAAAAUACGUCCACGACCAACAAAAACAAAUUACGAAGGACCCUAUUAUAUAUGUAAAGAUGUCGCCUCCGAGGAAGAAUGUCGCUAUUCCGGCCACUGCACGUUCGCUUACUGUCAGGAAGAAAUCGACGUCUGGACGCUGGAGAGAACGGGCGCGUUCAGCCGCGACGCUUUCUUUGGUGGUGACGGGAAGGUCCACCUCACCGUGUCCCGGCUGCUCCAGGAGCAUCUGGGGGAGUUCAUAUUCCUUUGUGAGAAAUGUUUUGACCAUAAGCCUAGAAUGAUAAGUAGAAGGAAUAAAGACAAUUCCACUUCCUGUUCUCACCCGGUUACCAAGCAUGAAUUCGAAGAUAAUAAGUGCCUUGUCCACAUUUUGCGGGAGACAACAGUCAAGUACUCCAAGAUCCGCUCCUUCCACGCCCAGUGCCAGCUGGACCUGUGUCGCCACGAGGUCCGGUACGGCUGCCUGCGGGAGGACGAGUGUUUCUACGCGCAUAGCCUCGUGGAGCUCAAAGUGUGGGUCCUGCAGAGUGAGACAGGGAUCUCGCACGACGCCAUCGCCCAGGAAUCGAAACGGUAUUGGCAAAAGAUGGAGACACACGUCCCCGGGGCUCAGGUUCUUGGCAAUCAAGUAAUGCCUGGAUCUCUCAACAUGAAGAUAAAAUUUGUGUGUGCUCAGUGUCUGAGAAAUGGUCAAGUCAUUGAACCAGACAAAAACAGAAAAUAUUGUAGUGCAAAAGCCAGGCAUUCGUGGAUCAAAGACCGACGUGCCUUGCGAGUGAUGUCUUUUGAACGUAAGAAGUGGAUGAACAUCCGUCCUCUCCCCACAAAGAAACAAAUGCCUUUACAGUUUGAUCUCUGCAACCACAUCGCUUCAGGGAGGAAGUGCCAGUAUGUUGGCAACUGCUCCUUCGCCCACAGCCCCGAGGAGCGAGAGGUGUGGACUUACAUGAAGGAGAACGGGAUACAAGAUAUGGAACAAUUUUAUGAACUCUGGCUGAAGAGUCAAAAAAAUGAAAGAAGCGAUGACGUGGCCAGUCAGUCUGUCAAGGAGAACGGCAAACAGAUCCAUAUGCCCACGGACUACGCCGAGGUCACUGUGGAUUUCCACUGCUGGAUGUGCGGGAAGAACUGCAACAGUGAGAAGCAGUGGCAGGGCCACAUCUCCUCGGAGAAGCACAAGGAGAAGGUCUUCCACACUGAGGACGACCAGUACUGCUGGCAGCACCGCUUCCCCACUGGCUGCUUCAGCGUCUGCGACAGGUUUGCCAGCGGGACCUGCCCGGAAGGCAGCAGCUGUAAGUUCGCCCACGGACACGCGGAGCUUCGCGAGUGGGAGGAGAGAAGAGACGCCCUGAAGAUGAAGCUGAACAAAGCCAGAAAAGAUCACUUAAUUGCCCCAAACGAUAAUGAUUUUGGAAAAUAUAGUUUUUUGUUUAAAGACUUAAACUAAUAUGCCGGCUUUCAUGCGCGUAACCUAAUCAGAGCUUCAACCAGAGAAAUUGAACGUGUUGUCAGGCCUGGAGCCGAGUCGCUGUGGGUCUCUCGCUCGCAUUGGCACGCCCCGACCCUCCUGAGCAGGGACCCCCCAGUAGGUAGGAACGUGGCUGUUGAACAGGGCUGCCACAGGCCCCCGCAUCCCCCGACGGUGGCCGCCGCCCACUGCCCUCUGUUGAAGACUCCGGGAUGACGUGUGUGGGGGGGAGAGGCGGGGGUCAUUGAUCCCUGGGAUGACUGCGAGUUGGUCCCUCGGACGAGACCCGGGGUGACGACAACAGACACUUGUGCUCAGAUCAGAACCCAUGAUGGAUGAAAUUCUUCACCUGUUGUAAACGGAACGAAGUUGUUUACUUUAAUAAUAAAGUUUGCUACUUAUCUCUAUGUAGGUUGCCGAAAAGGAUUUUUUCUUAACUCAGAUUUUAAGCCAAAUAACCAUUUAACAGUAGUAUAUGUUAAAUGGGGGUAUUUUUCUGUAUUUGUAUGUUUCACUAUAAUAAGGGAACCGAGGAUAAUGUGCAUUGAGAUUUUGGGGGGAAAAAAUAAUGUUUGACUCAAAAAACAAUUUUAUUUCUUGGUCUUUUUGCUGUUUCCACGAUGAUUUUGAAAGAUUCAACUUGUACUGUUGGUAUUGUGUAGUGUCUGGACCAAUAUCGCCCAUAAUAAAGAUUUUAUAUAGAGA